AGCACGGCCGACCCCGCGGAUACGCUUCGAUACCGCUCAGUGAGAUACGACUACGUCUGCCGAUGUGGCCAGUUCAGCGCGCGAUUAGCACGUGCGUCACCCUAUACGCGCGACCUCAGUGAGUGCCGCGUGCCAGCUCGAGUGCACCGAGUUAGCAUGAGUGACAGUGAACUUUACGGGCCUACUUGAAAGUGUCGUGGUGUGAACUCACUUACAACUAUGUUUCACUUACGCAACGUUCGGAUGGACUUUUGUCAAGCUCACCUCAGGAGUAACAAGUUUCGAUUGCGCCAACUUCAGCGUCACCUAGUUUUUAAUCCUGCUUAAGUGAACACUUACGAAAACAACUCCCGUGUACGAAAUGGCUACUUUGUUUAGGGAAUGUUUAAUACUUAUUUUUAUAAUGUCGUGGCAAGUGAAUAAUUUAAUAUCAGCUUGUCCUAAGAUAUGUGAAUGUAGAAAAAACUUGACGUCGUGUGAAACGUGUCCCUUCAACGUGUCUCUGAAAGAGAAUUUAGAUACGCAUCACCUAGAAGUUUGCUGCCAGAAAGAUUCGGCACUGGUUCACUGGAUACAAAAUAAGGCAAACAAAACUCUUUCGGAAGUCGUGAUAGAAUUUGGCAGCACAUGUAAUACGAGCAGAAUCGAUUUUGAUUUCCCUUACCUAGAUACGUACUCAAUCACAAUGAAAAACAAUAGUAUAAGGAAAUUACGAAUAAGUGUAAAGUAUAACAGCGUUCGAGAAAUUAAUUUAGCUUCUAACAAACUGACAUUAAUCAACAAAGGUUUGUUUGCUAAUUUCACGAACCUGCGAAAACUAAUUUUGAAUAGAAAUCUUAUUUCAAAGAUAAAUGAAAACAGUUUUUUUGGUCUUGUAAAGUUAGAGACUUUGGAUCUAUCCGAAAAUUAUUUAACUGUAUUGACAAAUGUGUUUUUGCCCCUGAAGAAUCUUCAACAUCUCAAUUUAAGCCGAAAUAAUAUAGAGUUCAUUCAUAACAAUUACUUCAACAAUUGGUUACUUCAGCAUUUGGAUAUUUCAUACAAUAAUCUAAAAAAAGUAUCGCCUGGCGCUUUGCAGCAACUACCUAACCUCGCGCGGCUGCUUCUUACAGAUAAUCCGCAUUUAGGGGUUACACAGUUGGAUACACAAUUGCUAGUGGGUACUGGCCGCAGACUACAACAAAUCGAUGCAUCGAGGACCGGCCUUUGCCAAGUUCCUGAAGCGUUCACCCAUUCUGUGCGCUUUCUAUCCCUCGUCGGAAACAGAAUAACGUCAGUAAGGUGCGGGGAUCUAGAUAGUUAUCCGUUGUUACAAUCACUAGACUUUUGUGACAAUAAAAUUGCCGCAAUAGAAGAUGAUUCCUUAGGAAGAUUAGAAAUGCUUUUAUUCCUAAAUAUGAAUAAGAAUCUGCUUUCUAAAGUGCCAAGAUCAUUGCCUGAUGGAUUAAAAUAUUUGUCUAUAAAUGAAAAUUUAAUCAAAAACAUUACUAUGCCAGAUUUUAAAGAUUUACCAAAUCUUCGGAUUUUACUAUUAAAAAGUAAUCAAAUUCAAUAUAUUCAAGAUCGCGUAUUUGACGAUUUACUAUCGCUAGAAAUGCUUGAUUUAUCUCAUAAUCCCAUAAAAUCUUUCUCACCUAGUACGUUCGACGGACCAUUAUCGCUUCGUGAUCUGAGGCUUUGUUACUUGAACUUGUCUGUACCUGCGCAAGAAGGUUCAUUUCCUCUAUCGUCACCCGAGAAUGUCCAAAUGUUGCAUCUUCAAUCUAGUCCCGGCUUAGCGAAGCAAUUGCUAUCUGACUCAGCCGCUUUAGCAGCAUUUUCACAUUUACAAUAUUUGGAUCUGAGAAUGAACAAUCUCACUGAAAUACGAAAUGAUUUAUUAUUUUACUUAGGCCAAUUAAAAACUUUAAGACUCUAUGGCAAUAAAAUUAAUUGUAGCUCUGAAUUAUGGCUAUCCGAUUGGUUGAACUCGAACAAAAGUGUUUCACGUGAUGAAACUUGUUAUUUUUCAUCGUUGGAUGCUAAAUCAGAAAUAGCUAAAUAUAACUGUACAUUUCCAGAGACGUUCACUAUAAGUGAGAGCCUUCCACCUGUUAAUUUGUAUAGUACUGAGAUGAUUAACAGGUUACUUAGAUAUUACGGAUAUUUGAAUAAUAAAACUGAGAGAGUAAAACAUAAUAACAGUACUAACAUUAAAAACAACCGUGAUCUGGUAAUUAAUAAAAAUAAUAAAAGUAAUAUUCAAUCAUCAUUGAAAGAUUACGUGGAAAGCAGAGUUUUGAGAAAUCAAAGUAAAAUUAUUUCAAAUGAUUACUUAAAUGAAACAUCAUAUGUAAAAAUUAGAGAAUCAUCCAAAGUAUUAGAUCAAAAUAAAAUUGAAAACGAUAAAUUGAAUAUUAAUCACUUUUUAGACAUUGAACCGUACAUUCCGAUAUCAACUCGAUUGCCUAAAAAAGAGUACGUAGACACCAGGGAAAUUCGUAUGGAAAAGAUUUCAGGGAAACGACUAAAUACGCCAGCUUCCACAAAGGAAUCUAAACCAAUUAUUUGGACGACUGAAUAUCAAAUCAUUCGACAUCCUGCAGCAACUGAGGCGUACACUGCAAACCCUAAUGUUAAAUUGGAAUAUUCAUCCUUUAAAGCUGCAAACACGAGCUAUGACCAAUACAUAGGAGUGGUCGCAGUUGUAAGCAUCAUACUGAUUUUUUUGAUACUUUGGGUGAGCUUUCGCCUUGGAUAUAAAGACAGACAAGUUCGAGCUUUGAAUAUAGAUAUAGAGGACCAAAUAGAAGUGUCGAAUAUAUCCGGAGGGGUAUUAUGGUGACAUCUCCGAGCAGCCGAUCCAACGCCUUUUGAAUACGAUUCCCUUUUAACGUAGGAAUAUUGUAAGGCGGUCGGCUGCUGAAGAGAGGAAGUGUUUGUGAUAUAAUAUAAUAUUACACCUAAACGUACAUAUUUUUUUAUGAAAUAAGUACAAAUAAAAAUAAACUGCAAGAGACUCAAACGUACUUUUUAUCAAUGUAAAUAAUGUAAACACGUUUAAUUAAACUAUCGUAGAUUUUAUUAUAGGCAUACUAAUUUCAGAUCAUAAUUUUGUAAGAUACCUACAAGAAAUAUCUUUUUUUUCAUUGUAAAAACAAUAAAUAUACUUAAAAAUAUAUAAUGUACAUAAAUUGAUAUACCCAAGCAUUUCAUAAUACGUCCUCUAAAUAUUAAAGAAAUCAGAGAGGUUGUAAAUAACCGAUUUUAGCGACAAACGGCAUGUAGUUCGAGAUAGAUUUGAGGUUUGAGAGAGUAGCUUUUGUAUCUAAGUACAAUCUUUCAUAUAACCGUAAAUUAUCUAAAUAUUAGAUGGUGCCCGCGACAUCGCGUGGAUUUAGGUUUUAAAAAUUCCGCGGCAACUUUUCGAUUUUUCGGGACAAAAAGUAGCCUACCUACUACUAAUAUCCGUCCCCAGAAUGCAUGCUACCUCUGAACCAAAAUAUGUCAUCAAAAUCGGUGUAAAGCUAGCAGACAAACAAACGGACACACUUUCACUUAUUUAAUUGUAAUAAUAUUACUAACAAACCAUAACUGCAUAUUUUGUGUAAAUUUUCAACAUGGCAUA